AUGAGAAAGAAUGGAGAUGUUGAUAUAAGAGCGAGAAGACAAAUACCUGUUAAAUGGAGUAAUUCGAGAUUUUCAUACACACCUGAACAACAAAUUCCUUCAAAGUUAAAACCAUUUUUCCGAAGAGGAACACAAAAUAUUAACCCAAAUAAAUGGCCAAGAAUCCCACCACGUUUCAACACUGUAAAUUCUUAUUCGGUCGGAAGGGGUAGUGAGACCGGAAUUGGAAGAUUAGAACCACAAAAAACACAAAUUACAACAACCACAACAUUUCCUUCUACAACAUCUUCAACGCUAAAAACAUCCCAGGCAAAAAAGGAAGAAGAGGAAGAAACAACAACAACAACAGCAAUGAUUGAACAAAGGAAUAUUACAGAGAACACUACUCCCACUACUACUAGUAAAUCUGUCAGCCGUCGAUUAAUUCCAUUAAGGCAUUCUCGUCUUUUGCAAUUUAAUGAAAAAGCACGAACACGUUCAACCCCACAAGAAACAACAACUGAAAAUGCCAAAACUAGAACACAAACAACACCAAUAAAUUCAAAUGAACCAAAGAAAACAACAACAACACAUCCAACAGAUGUUUUGGAUUAUUAUGACAUGUUUGUAAAUUUCCCCUUAAUAUUCUUUAACUUUUCUAAUUUUUUUAUGUAUGACGAAAAUUUUGACAAAUCCAAACAUCAAGGAAGUGGAGGACUUUUAGAUGGAGUAACUGAUUUUAUUCAAAGCCUACAAGAUGGAUUAACACUUGCACAAGCGGCAUUUCCAGCUAAAAUUAAUAUGGAACGAAGUGAUGGAAAUGGGAGAAAAGGAUUUCAACUUCGAAUUGCAGUAACCAAUCCACCAAAUACUGUGGAUUUGAGGAAUAGAAAAGAAACAGAACUAGCCUUUUCGAAAGAUGAAGCUUCUUCUUCUUCAAAUGAAAGAGAUGAUAGUAAAAGAUGGGAUGAUCGUCAUAAUAUUGGAUCUUUUGUUCAACAGAGUGAUAGCCCAGUACCACAAAAGAAAAUUAUUCCAAAAAGGCCAGAAGCAACCAAAAGGGAAUCAGUAAACACAAUUGAGUCAAUGUUGCAAAUGAUUGGUUUAUGCCAGGGACAUCCUGAAUUAUAA